AUGGAAUUGCCAUUAUUUAACUUGGCCGCUGUUGUUUGUGCAACCAAAAAUUUUUCAAACAACAAUAAACUUGGAGAAGGUGGUUUUGGAUCAGUCUUUAAGGGUACAUUAAAAGAUGGACAAGAAAUAGAUGCGAAAACGCUCUCAAAACAUUCUAGACAAGGACUCAAUGAGUUGAAGAAUGAGGGGACUCCAGUGAGAUCAAUUCAUGUAGGUCUUUUAAGUGUGCAGCGUAACCUGGCAGAUAGACCGAGCAUGCCAGCUGCAGUUGUAAUGUUGAAUGGUGAAGGGUCAUUGCCUCAACCUCAAAAACCUGGUUUUUAUAGUGAAUGGGAUCUCAAUCAACUUGAAGUCGAUCCUUCGCCUUAA